UAGUUAGACACUGUGGCUGUUAGAUAGUGCAGCACGACUCUCCUGUAACAGAGAAGACGUUUAAUAAUAAUAAUAAUUAUUAUUAUAUUUCAUGCUCUACGCUUAUUGCGAUAUAUUUAUUUUACUAGUUUUUCUCCCUCUCCUCCUAUUCUCUCUACUGGCAUAUGCAAAUUUUUUGAUCUGAAGAAAGAGGAUUCGGUGUAAGAGAGAAGAAUAUACUGACGAAGCGCAAUGGCGGCUGACGGUGAUGCGGUUGUUGGAUUCGUCGGAUUGGAUGAUUUGAGCUUAGACAUGGCCGCUUCGCUUCUUCGUGCUGGCUACAAAGUUCAAGCUUUCGAGAUAGAUGAAACUUUGGUUGAUAAAUUUUUGAAUCUAGGGGGAACGAGAAGUGCCAGCCUUAUCGAGGCUGGGAAAGAAGUUGCAGCUUUGAUUGUUCUAAUAUCUCACGUGGAUCAAAUCAAUGAUGUAUUUUUUGGCCAACAGGGUGUUUUGAAAGGAUUGCAGAAAGGGGCACUCAUCAUCCUACGUUCAACCAUUCUGCCAUCAUACAUCCAGAAUCUAGAGAAACGUCUCAGAGAUGAAGAUUCAAUGGCUCAUCUAAUAGAAGCAUAUGUCUCCAGGGGAUUUUCUGAAGUCUUAAAGGGAAGAACCAUGAUUACAUCCUCGGGAAGGUCUGAAGCUAAUGCGAAGGCACAGCCUAUUCUUUCUGCAAUGUCCGAAAAGCUUUUCACCUUUGAAGGUGAAGUAGGCACUGGAAGUAAAAUUAAAAUGGUGAAUGAGCUGCUUGAGGGCAUUCAUCUUGUUGCUGCACUGGAGGCGAUUUCUCUUUGCACUCAAGCUGGAAUUCAUCCAUGGAUAGUCUAUGAUAUUAUUUCCAAUGCUGCUGGAAACUCAUGGAUUUUCAAAAAUCAUAUUCCCCAGUUUUUGAGAGGCGAUACCAAGGUGCAUUCCUACAGGACCGUGGUCCAAAAUUUGGGUAUUGUUUUGGAUACAGCCAAAUCGCUUAUAUUUCCUCUUCCACUUUUGUCUGUUGCUCAUCAACAACUUAUUCUUGGAUCUUCAUAUGGUCAGGGUGAUGAUAGUGAUGUCACAUUUGUCAAGGUCUGGGGAAAGUUGCUUGGAGCAAAUAUUCAAGAUGCAGCCAGUGCAGAACUCUACGAACCUGAGCAACUGGCAAGACAAAUUGUUGCCAAAUCUGUUGUCGUAAAGAGAAUUGGUUUCAUUGGUCUUGGAGCAAUGGGAUUUGGCAUGGCAACUCACCUGUUGAAAUCAAAUUUCUGUGUUGUUGGUUAUGAUGUGUAUAAACCAACUCUCACUCGAUUUGCAAAUGCUGGUGGUUUGAUUGGCAACUCUCCAGCAGAAACAUCUAAAGAUGUUGAUGUACUAGUAGUUAUGGUCACAAACGAAACUCAAGCGGAGAGUGUUUUGUAUGGAGAUCUAGGAGCAGUUGCAGCCUUACCAUCAGGAGCAUCUAUCAUCCUAUCUUCUACAGUAUCCCCUGCAUUUGUGAGCCAACUGGAGCGACGCUUACAAGGUGAAGGCAAGGGCUUGAAAUUGGUGGAUGCUCCUGUUUCUGGUGGUGUCAAGAGGGCCUCAGAAGGAACACUUACGAUAAUGGCUUCUGGUACUGAUGAAGCUCUUACAUGUACCGGCUCAGUUCUCUCAGCAUUAAGUGAGAAGCUUUAUGUGAUUAGAGGAGGUUGUGGGGCUGGAAGUGGUGUAAAGAUGAUUAAUCAGUUGCUCGCUGGAGUUCAUAUAGCAUCAGGGGCUGAGGCAAUGGCACUUGGAGCUCGAUUAGGUCUCAAUACAAGGAUGCUGUUUGAUUUCGUCAAGAACAGUGGAGGAACAUCCUGGAUGUUUGAGAAUCGUGUUCCGCACAUGUUGGACAAUGAUUAUACACCGUAUUCUGCACUCGAUAUCUUUGUGAAGGAUCUGGGAAUUGUUUGCCGUGAAUCGUCAUCCCUUAAAGUUCCACUUCAUAUUGCAACUGUUGCACACCAACUAUUCCUGGCAGGCUCUGCUGCUGGCUGGGGUCGGCAAGAUGAUGCAGGUGUGGUGAAGGUUUAUGAGAUCCUCACAGGUGUUAAAGUUGAAGGAACACUUCCUGUACUUAAGAAAGAAGUUGUCCUGCAGUCUCUUCCACCUGAGUGGCCCGUGGACCCCAUUGAUGAUAUUCAUAGACUGAACCAGAGCAAUUCAAAAACGUUGGUGGUUCUAGAUGAUGAUCCAACUGGAACUCAAACUGUUCAUGAUAUUGAAGUAUUAACAGAAUGGAGUGUUGAGUCACUAGUUGAGCAAUUUAGGAAAAAGCCUAAAUGCUUUUUUAUCUUGACCAACUCCAGGUCAUUGAGUUCUGAAAAGGCGAGUGCACUGAUUAAAGAUAUCUGUGGAAACCUAAGCAUAGCCGCUAAGUCAGUUGAGAAUAUUGAUUAUACAGUAGUUUUGAGAGGCGAUUCAACACUACGUGGUCAUUUUCCAGAGGAAGCAGAUGCAGCAGUUUCACUACUUGGUGAGAUGGACGCAUGGAUCAUUUGCCCAUUUUUUCUUCAAGGAGGCCGAUAUACAAUCAAAGAUAUACACUAUGUUGCAGAUUCUGAUUGGCUUGUCCCUGCAGGGGACACAGAGUUCGCCAGAGAUGCUUCUUUUGGCUACAAAUCUUCAAACCUCCGUGAGUGGGUUGAGGAGAAAACUAGAGGCCGUAUUCCUGCUAGCAGUGUUUCAUCUAUAUCUAUCAAUCUUUUGAGGAAAGGUGGGCCAGAUGCUGUUUGUGAUACUCUUUGCAACUUGCAGAAGGGUUCAACUUGCAUAGUUAAUGCAGCAAGUGAUCGAGACAUGGCUGUAUUUUCAGCUGGAAUGAUUCAGGCAGAAUUAAGGGGGAAAUCCUUUUUAUGCCGCACUGCUGCUAGUUUUGUUUCUACCCGAAUUGGAAUUAUUCCAAAAGCUCCAAUACUGCCAAAGGAUCUAGGAAUAAACAAAGAAAGAAAGGGCGGGCUUAUAGUUGUGGGAUCGUAUGUUCCCAAAACAACAAAACAGGUUGAAGAACUUAAAUUACAAUGUGGCCAGUUUUUAAAGAAACUAGAGGUUUCUGUUGAUAAAAUUGCCAUGAAGUCAUUAGAAGAGAGGGAGGAGGAAAUCAAUAGAGUGGCUGAGAUGGCAAAUUUGUUCCUUGGGGCUUGUAAAGACACUUUAAUCAUGACCAGUCGAGAACUCAUUACUGGAAAAACUUCUUCUGAGAGCUUGGAAAUCAACUUUAAGGUGAGCUCUGCUUUGGUGGAAAUUGUGAGGCGGAUAUCAACAAGACCACGAUACAUUCUUGCAAAGGGUGGAAUCACAUCAUCCGACCUAGCUACAAAAGCUCUAGAAGCAAAAUGUGCCAAAGUAGUUGGACAAGCCCUAGCUGGCAUUCCAUUGUGGCAGCUUGGUCCAGAAAGUAGGCAUCCAGGAGUUCCAUACAUUGUUUUCCCAGGUAAUGUUGGUGACAGUAAAGCACUAGCUGAUGUUGUGAAAUCUUGGGCGCUUCCUUCCCGACUUUCAUCAACAAAAGAACUUCUUCUUAACGCAGAGAGAGGUGGAUAUGCUGUUGGAGCAUUUAAUGUCUAUAAUAUGGAAGGGGCUGAGGCUGUUGUAGCUGCAGCAGAGGAAGAAAAUAGUCCUGCGAUUCUACAGAUUCAUCCUAGUGCACUGAAGCAAGGAGGAAUUCCAUUGGUUGCUUGUUGUGUCUCUGCUGCUGAACAGGCCAAUGUUCCAAUCACUGUUCAUUUUGAUCAUGGAACUUCAAAGCAAGAGCUAGUUGAAGCUCUUGAUUUGGGAUUUGAUUCAUUAAUGGUAGACGGUUCACAUCUUUCUCUCAAGGAUAAUAUAGCAUACACGAAGUAUAUAUCACUUUUGGCCCACUCCAAAAACAUGCUGGUGGAGGCUGAACUAGGGAGAUUGUCAGGGACAGAGGAUGAUUUGACUGUUGAAGAUUACGAAGCAAGGCUGACUGAUGUUAAUCAGGCUGAACAGUUCAUUGAUGAGACUGGUAUAGAUGCUUUGGCAGUGUGUAUUGGGAAUGUACAUGGAAAGUACCCUGCAAGUGGUCCAAAUCUCAGACUUGAUUUGCUUAAGGAUUUGCAUGCCUUGAGUUCUAAGAAAGGUGUAUUUCUGGUGCUGCAUGGAGCAUCUGGCUUGUCCGAGGAACUUAUCAAGGCUAGUAUUCAGCGGGGUGUGACGAAGUUCAAUGUAAACACUGAGGUGCGCAACGCUUACAUGAACUCACUAAGCAACCCCAAGAAAGAUCUGGUCCAUGUGAUGGCUUCAGCAAAAGAAGCCAUGAAAGCUGUGGUAGCAGAGAAGAUGCGCUUGUUUGGUUCAUCUGGAAAAGCAUGAAUUUUUUUUUCCUGUUUGCUUGCAACAUUGUAAGAAGAAGCAAGUAAUGAGCUAAACAUAAGGACUAGUCCCACAUUCAUUGUUCCAUCUAAAAUAUUCAAGCUGUAAUAAUUUGUUGUCCUUCUCUAUAUGUUAUUGGCACGCUUUAUAUGCCUAUCUAAGUUAAGCUCCCAUGGUAACUAAUCGUUUUUGCUUCCA